GUUCCUACUUCGACAUUAGCUAUUGCAUCCACUUCUGAAUGCACUGAUAUCACCUCAAGUGUUGCAUCCGCUAGCACAGCUUCUACCAGUGCUGCAUCUACCACUACUGAUGCUGUCACUACCAGUGCUGCAACCACUACCACCGACGCGAUGACCACUGGUGCUGCAUCUACCACUACUGAUGCUGUCACUACCAGUGCUGCAACCACUACCACCGACGCGAUGACCACUGGUGCUGCAUCUACCACUACUGAUGCUGCCACUACCAGUGUUGCAACCACUACUACCGACGCGAUGACCACUGGUGCUGCAUCUACCACUACUGAUGCUGUCACUACUAGUGCUACCACUACCACUGAUGCUGCAUCUACCACUACUGACGCGAUGACUACUGAUGCUACUACUACCGAGUCUUCAUUCUCGAUUAUACCCUACUAUACAUCUACAUUUGUAGCUGAAUCUUCAGUUGAGACUACUUCUACCGCUGAUGCUAUCACUACCGAGUCUUCAUUCUCGAUUAUACCCUACUAUACAUCUACAUUCGUAGCUGAAUCUUCAACUGAAAUCACUUCUACGACUGCUGUUUUCGCAAGCACAUCCACCACUACUGAAGCCUCUAGCUCUUGGGCCGGUUACAACUCACCUGUCAUUUCAUCUUCUACUUUUGACUUUACUAGCAGUUCCUUAUCAGAGCUUGCCGCCCCUUCGAUUACUUCAGGUACAUCUAGCAUAGAGGUGACUAGAACGUAUUACUCGGGCUCUGCAUCUGCCACUUCAACAUCCAACUCCACAUCAGGCAAUCAAACAGCUGCUAAUUCAUCAUCAGAUAGUCCAAAAGGAAGCAGUAGCACCACCAACAGUGGUGUUUAUGCAGGCGCGGGUGCUGCAGCUGCAGCCGUGGCAGCUGUCUUCAUGUGGCGCCGUCGUAGCCUUUCGCUACGUAGUGCUGCAAUCACUCCAAGCUUCCCUGAAAGCUCCAACAUGAACCCAUUGUAUGAGGGUAGUGCACUUCCCGACAACCCACUUUAUGAAGCUCCAGGUGGAAAUAAUGGUGAUUUCUCAAAUGCACCAGUUGAAGAUGGAUUUGCCAAUGACCUUGAUGCUAUUGAUACCGUUCAUGCCUAAUUGACAUUAAACCUUUUUGUGAUAUGAAUAAACUAUGAUUAUUACAAUCU